AAUAUAUAUCCCACUACUCAACACUCCAUAAUUUAAUAUCUCUUCACUAAUCUUCUCUUCUCUUACAUUUUCUUUGUUCUCCUUCUUAUUUCUUCUGCAAAUGUUAGCAAAAUUCAAGAAUCCUUUUGAGCUGCUUAUUAUAAGAUCUCAAGCUUCAAAAAUGGGUCUUGUUGGGUUGCAAACACUUAUGGAAAUAUCAUCACAAUCAAACCCAAAAUCAAAUAUUGUCAUAAAAUCUUCAAUUAGAAAACCAAAUCAUCAGCAUCAUCAACCCGGGAUUAAAUCUUGCUAUCUCAAAACUUGUUACUUGUGUAACAAGAUUCUGAGUCCAGACAAAGAUAUCUACAUGUAUAGAGGUGAUGAAGGAUAUUGCAGCAUAGAGUGCAGAAAUAGGCAAAUUGCAUUGGAUGAAAUGAGAGAAUUAGAGGAAUCAGUCAAGAAAAUGAGAAAAUCUUAUAAUUCUAGUGGGCACUGCACUAAUUCUGCUGGCAGAAAUGAAACUCGGCUACUCCUCGAAGAUCUUGUCCGAAGACAUAACCCAGUAGUUGCUCAUGAUCAUCAUCAAAAUCAUUGGGCAAUAGUUUCAUAGUUAUAAUUAAUAAAUAUAACUUACAUUAUUGCCCACACGGGUUUGGUACUCUAGUGGUUGCUGAUUCAAAUUCCGGCUGCUCCUUUUCUAAAAUGUGGAAUGGUUAAGACUAAGUUGCUGGCCAGUAUAGCUUGAAUUUAUCAGAUAUGUGGGAUUGCGGGCAGUUCAUAUUCCUAAUUUAACAGUGAUCUCAAACUUCGGUUUGGAGAAGUGAAUCCUUGUUAAAAAUACAUAUAACCUAUGUUAUUAAUUUUCUUUAAUUUGCUUAGUUAGUUCCUUUUCUGACUGGUACUACAGACAGAAAUUGUAUGAGAUAAUGCAAACCACAAAGGAAAUUGACUAGUGGGGAUAUUUUAUUUUGCUAUAAAUGACAAGAUAAAGAGAAGAUAUUUGAUCUAA